UGGGGAUUGCUCCAUUGAGCCAUGGUCUGUCCAGCUAUCCCCCGGCUGCUCCUGGCUAUGACACUUUCCUUGCUGGCAUCCCCAAUUAUCCCCACAUCCCAGCCUGAACAAAGUCAGGCUGGAGGAGAACCUCUGCAGCAGCUGGACCGAGACAAUGGAGCAGAGGAGUCAGUCUUGGUUUCCAUCUAUGUACAUCUGGAAUUUCCAGACAGGAUCUGGCCACCAGCCCUCUCCAGGACUCUGAUUCUCCCUGCUGCCUCAGCCUCCUCUUCCCCAAGAACACUCACUGGUCUCCAUCUGACCACAGAAUGUAAUGCCAACAGCACAGGGCACAGCCACUGUACUUGUCGCUCUGGCUACCAAUGGAACAACACGGUCUGUUCCCAACAUGUUCUCUGUGACCACCACCUUCAGCUUUGCAAAUGCCUCAUCUUCCACCAUUCUGUCCCUGGCUACUGCCAGUUGCUGCCACCAGGGGCCUCUGUCUCCUGUUUCCCCACAGUGCCCGGCAAGCUGAGCCUGAGCUCCCCACUGCAGAGGCCUGGCAACACACUCAACCUCAUGCUCCUCACGAACCAGCCAGCCACCCAUGUGAAGUGGUUCCUGAAGCGCCCAAGGAGCUCUACACCUAUCAUUCUGCAGUCAGGAACACAGGUGUCCCUGACCUCCAGCCAGGGCCAGGCUGCCCUCAGCAUUGCCCACAUGUCCCACCACUGGGCAGGUGAGUAUCUAAGUGUCUUCGAGGCCCAGGAAUUCACGUGGAGGCUGAACCACACAGUAGAAGUGCCCUUGCAGAAGACAGACGUGGCUCAACUUCCAGACCAGCUGUCCAUUUCCUGUGCCACCUCCCCUGGCUUCCAGUUGAGUUGCUGUGUCCCCACCACAAACUUAGUUUACACAGCUGCCUGGAGCCCCAUGGAGGGCAGCCAAGCCUUCUCACACAACACAGCAGGCUCUCAGUGCCUUGUGCUGGCUGUUCAGCACUGCCCAGCAGCAGAUACCACAUAUACCUGUGUCCUCAAGAGCCAGGGCCUGCCUCCUCUCAGUAUUCCGGUCUCUGUCACCAUCAUCCGGGCUGGAGAUACCACCUGCCCUGACGACUUUUCAGAAAUUGCCUGGAAUGUCACCAAGGCCGGCCACAUCGCACAGGCCUCGUGUCCUGCAAACAAGAAGGGAGUGGUGAAGAGGCCCUGUGGGCCCAAUGGAACCUGGGGACCCAUCCAGAGCGACUGCACAGACAAGAGGAUCCUAGCCUUGUGUGCUAAGGCCAGGCUGCUACAGGCAGGCCAGGGCAAUCCUGGUGUGGAGGUGCCCUGGAUCCUGAAACAGCUCCAGAUGUUGGUGGCGGUAGCAAGCUCACCCUCUGACUUACGGGAACUGCUGAGCACCGUGACAGUACUGGCUGAAGUGGUAGCCAGGGCCAGAGUGCAGCUGGACAGCACUGUCCUGCAGGAUCUCCUGGUAACUACAGACAAAGUUCUAGACAUGAACACCAGCACUCUGGUUCCUUUGUGGCCCCUGGCUCAGGCCCAGAAGCCCUCGAUGGCAUCCGAUUUCUUGCUGGCUGUGGAGACGCUGGUACGCAGCCUGUACCCACAAGAUCACCCCUUUUUCUUCAACUCAUCCAAUGUGCUGCUGCAGAGCCAUCACUUUGGGCCUCCAUUUCCUGAUGAGUACCAAAUCUCCUUCUCCACGUGGCCCCUCCUUCAGGCACAGAUUUCCAGGCACUCAUUGGCUCCACUGAUUCAUGCUGCAACCAACAUCAGCAUUACUAGCUUAGUGCUGCAGAAACUGGACCAUUUUCUGCCCCCAAAUUAUGGACCAGGGCUGAAAGACUCUCCGUACCAUACCCCUGGUCUGGUCCUUGUCAUCUCCAUCAUGGCAGAUGGUGAAGCUUUCACCAAGGCAGAAGUCAUCAUGGACUUUGGGGACCCAGACAGCACCCUGCACUGUGUCUUCUGGGACCACCAUCUCUUUCAGGGUAAUGGGGGCUGGUCAGAAAAAGGGUGCCAAGCAAAAGCAACCAGUGCCAGCCCCACCGCACGGUGCAUCUGCAAGCAUCUUACCUCCUUCUCCAUCCUUAUGUCUCGAAACAUUGUUCCAGAAAGUCCCAUCCUGGAGCUGCUCACUAAGAUGGGCUUGGGAGCUUCCAUACUGGCACUGCUUGUGUGCCUUGGUGUGUACAGGCUGGUGUGGAGAGCUGUGGUGAGGAACAAAGUCGCCUUCUUCCGCCACACUGCCCUGUUCAACAUGGUGAUCUGCUUGCUGGUCGCAGACACUUGCUUUCUUGGAGACACAUUCUUUCAUCUAGAAUUCUGCAGCCCACUCUGUUUGGCCUCUACAUUCCUGUGUCAUUAUUUCUAUCUGGCCGCUUUUUUCUGGAUGCUGGCGCAGUCCCUGAUGUUGGCUCAUCAGUUGCUUUUUGUCUUCCAUCAUCUGUCCAAGCACAUAGUUCUCUUCAUGAUGGUCACCACUGGCUACUUGUGCCCACUGGGGUUUGCAGGUGUGGCCCUGGGCCUCUACCUGCCUCAAGGGCUGUACCUGUGGGAGGGGAGAUGCUGGUUGAAUGUAAAGGGAGUAGGAUUGUACACCUUCUCUGGGCCAGUGCUGGCCAUAGUGGGUGUGAAUGGGAUAGUACUAGCUAUAGUUGUGCUGAAGUUGCUGAGACCUUCGCUGUCAGAGGGACCUCCAGCGGAGAAGCACCAAGCUCUUCUGGGGGUACUGAAAGCCUUGCUCAUUCUCACACCCAUCUUCGGCCUUACCUGGGGAUUUGGUAUAGCCAUUAUAUUAGAGGACGUCUCCAUAGUUCCUCAUUACAUCUUCACCAUUCUCAACACCCUCCAGGGUGUCUUCAUCUUAGUGUUCGGUUGCCUCUCAGACAAGAAGGUACAAGAGGCUUUACGCAAACACUUCUGUCGUACCCGGUUCCCCAAUUCUGCCAUCACCCUGACCACAAAUGAAACUUCUAUCUGGAACACAGCAAAGGUAGAAGUGAAAAAGAGGUGAGUCAGCUUUCUCAGAAACAGCAU